AUGGCAGAUAAUCUGCACGCUGCUCUUGGUUCGAUGUCGUUGGAGGAUGAUGAACCUAUCACCCUUCCCGAUAGCCCCAGAUUCAGGGUGGUGGCAGCAAACGAGAUAAGUUUGUUGGGUCGUCUUCUAAACCCGGACUGUCAAUCAAUGGCAAAGAUGAUUGAAUACAUGCCUACUGCAUGGAGAGUAUAUGAUAGAGUGUGUGGCAUUGAUUUGUCAAGAGACCGGUUUCAAUUUAUCUUUCAACGUGAGGAAGAUCUCAUAACAGUUCUCAGAGAUCGUCCAUGGUCUUACAAUCAUUGGACAAUGAUUCUGGAACGCUGGAAUCCGGACCCUCCACCUGAUGUCUUAACAUCUUUCGUUGUUUGGAUCCGUAUUAAAAACAUCCCUGCCAUGUAUUUCACAGUCGAAACGAUGCACACUUUAGCCAAGGCCAUAGGCAAAGUGGAGGAGAUCGCUUAUGACCCCAAGAUAGACAAAGGCAAAGGGCACGUUUUCCAGUAUCCAGAAGACAACACACCUUUUAAAAGAAAUUGCCUUGUUGGGGAUGCUCCUAUUGCUUCUGAGCCUGGUAAAGAUGCUCCCCAUGCUUUUGAUGAGGAGGUUUCCUCUACGCAGAGUAUGUCCUCUAACAAGCCCUUUGAAUCGACGGGUUUCAAUUUGGGAUCUUUCAACAAAGUCCCAAAUUCCGGAAUUCUCAAGGCUGGUAAAAGUGGUAGACGCAGACCCCCGUCAUGGAAACGAAAAAUCAGAACCAUUGUUCAAAUCCAUUGUUAUUGUUAUUUCUGCUGCUUCAUUUCCCUCCUACUAUACACUCUCGUUUCUCCUACGCUUAACCAUUGCCGCAACGACCAGAGGGAUGCUCUUUUGGAAUUCAAAGAUGAAUUUCCGCUUCUUCGGUAUGAUCAUGCAUCAUUAAGCUCAUGGAACAAGAGCUGUGAUUGUUGUUCUUGGGUGGAGGUGACGUGUGAUGCUAAAUCCGGUGAGGUGAUUUCACUUGAACUACCUUCUAUCUCUCUUAAUAGUUCUUUGAAACCAAAUAGCCGUCUUUUCAAACUCCUACAUCUUACUAAGUUAAGUCUUUUCAAUUCUAGUCUCUAUGGAGAGAUUCCUUCUGCAUUAGGAAACCUUUCUCGUCUCACAAUUCUCGAUUUUUCGUAUAAUGCCUUAGUAGGUCAAGUUCCAGAGUCGUUAGGAAACCUUUCUCAUCUUUCAUCUCUUGACCUGUCUAAUAAUAAAUUAGUAGGUCAAGUUCCAGCUUCAAUUGCAAAGCUUUCUCAUCUCGAGAGUCUUGAGCUCUCUUAUAAUCAAUUAGUUGGUCAAGUUUUAGCAUCAUUAGGAGACCUAACUCAACUAUACUACUUGGGCCUUGGCCAUAAUAACUUCAGUGGCAAGAUUCCUAUUUCAUUUUCCAAUUUAACCGAACUUAGUGAAGUGUACCUCAAUAAUAAUUACUUCGAAUCCAUGCUUCCACUAACAUGA